UCAAUCUUACAUAUAGGUUGGUUACGCGAAUUCCGCUGGCAAUCAAUCAGAUACUUGUUGUGAUUCAGUAGUGAAAGUAUAGUUAAAAGUAAAUAAACUGCAGAAAAUGUCAAUUCAUCAUCGAGUUUUAGUAUAAAAUUUCCUUUUUAUACAGUUUCUCCUAGGAUCAAUUUGUGCAGCAGUGCUAUAUAAUGGCGCUAACACCGGAUGAGUUGCGAAAGCGUAUUCCUCAAUGGUCGCUGGAGUCGGAUGGGCAGCUGCUGCAGUAUAUGAAGCAAAUAUCGAAGAACCUUCAAGACAAGUGCCAGCAAACCAAGGAUAACCUGAACCAGCUGCUGCUGGAGGUGGAUGAAUGUCACAUUCGUUUCGCGAAUGCAUCCAACAACUUCAAUGGCAUACAGCAGAUAAAAUUUGUGGAAAAUCGUGUUAAAGACGACGAUGAAAGUUUCUAUUCUGCACGGGAGGAAGAAGUGGAAAAGGGGGAAAAGCAUCCGUACAGUGAAAUAUUCCAGAUGACAGUGGAAAACUCGAUCACGAAUAUGUACAAAUGCUUUGAAAAGGUGACUGUCCAGCUGGCUAGUGAUAGCGAUAGCGAUGACGACGAAGAUGACGAAGAAGCCACUGCCAGAAACACUGUACUAAGAGCAGUACAGAAGUAUCCGUAUAUCAGAAGACCCCUGCCGCACAUUAUUGGUUCGCAGGAGUGGAGGGAAAAAUGGCACGCUGGAUUGAUCGAUUCCGAAGAGGAAUCGGAAGCUGAAGCCAAGGAACAGUAUUCCGAUUCCAGCGAUAGCGAUACGAUGUUUCCGUCACAAACUAACAGCAAUCAUACGCCAUCGGAAUCUGAGGGUUCGGUAUGGGGAGUUCAUUCGGAUCCAAGAAGACGAGCUCCAUCGAUGGAACACAGUGUAUCCGGGGAUGAUGCCUUAUCUAUUCAUUCCACAUCCAGUUCGAUUAGACCGCCGGGUAUGAGGUCACUAAAUCAACCGAACAAGGUUCAGGUAUUACCAACAGUCCAUUCGCUCAAACCACCGUUCUUGUUUCCCGACCAGCCACCAGAUGAUACUGUCAGUGUUUCGUCCAGAUCCAAGGUGCACAAUCUGUUUGAAGAAUCAGAUGAAGAUGAGGCUACUCCCGUUCAUAAACCACAGGCGCAACCAACGAAUGUUCAAUCGUCCUACUUCAGGGGGAAUCGACCAACCAGACAAACGGUGAACUUGUUCUCUGAUGAACCUCCGUCACCGGUGAAUAACUAUGAAUCAACUACGCCGAAACCAACGACUAGUGCUGGAAGAUUUCAACAAAAGAAACCAGUCAAUUUGUUCAUUGAAAGCGACGAUGAAGAUAAUACAUUUAAUAACAAUGUUCCACCUACUAGUGUUUACGAAAGUGAACCUCCGGAACAACCGGAACCAGCAAAGAGGAAAGUCAACCUAUUUGAUGAUGAUGAUGAUUAUGAUGAUGACGAACAAGAUAACAGCAAACGACCGAAUAAUGUUUUCGAUAAAAAGACUGAUGGCGGUAGAGUUUUCGAUGCAAUUAAUAACAAUCCUCACGAGGAAGAAGAUCUGUUCGUACCGGUGAAAAAAUCCGUUAACGGAAACUCGGAAAGUCGCGGCGUUCGUAGGAUAACAGAUCUUUUCGACGAUGAACCACCAGUCGACGAUUUUGAUGAAAUAUUUAAACCAAAAGCAACUAACAGGAAACUGCUACCGGGGGGAAAAUUGGUAUUACCUGCAAUGCCGAAAGUUGAUUCUGUUGAAAAGAAACAAGGUUCGGAAACAACUGUACCUGCGAAAAAGGUUAAUCUCUUUGAGGAUGAAAAUUGUGUCUCCGAGAACGUUGUGCCCCAGAAGACCCCAGUUGAUUUUAAACAGAAAAAUGAGGCGAGUAAAAAGGCAGUGGUUGUCGCAACUCCUAAGAAGAUGAUUAACCUUUUUGCUGAUGACGAUAAUGAUGACGACCUCGACAUAUUCCGAACGAACGUGGUAGGUAAUCAGAAAUCAUCGACGAAGUCAUCGGGCAUACUACCUAAACGAAAAGUCAAUCUGUUCGAUGAUAGUGAUGAAGAUGAUGAUGUCAAAAUUGAAAAAGCUCCAAGCAAGAGUAACGCAGAUGCAAAAACGAUAGAAUCGGAGAAUGUCACUGCCACCAAGGAACCGGUUUCGUCAAGUAUAAGAUCAGCAAUUCUGAAGAAAAAAUCAAUUUUUGAUUCAGAAUCAGAGGAGGACGACGAAGAAGAGGCACUGUUUGUGAGCAAAAAAGCCAUCGAUCCAGACAGGCAUGAACCUGAGUCUCUUCCAAGAAAGGUUGAAGCGAUCCAACAACAGCAGAAAACUGUUGACAGUUCAGUGGUGAGAAAUUUUAUUGAUGAAGUUCGUACGACACCAGCGAAGGAUAAACCUCCAAUUCCAGAUGAACCACCGGUUAUUGGUUCUUCAGAACUAAGCCCUGCUAAAGUAGUAGAUAACCAAAAACAUAUUGAUGUUUCAAAUGAUAUUGAUUAUUAUUUGACUACGAACACAAUACCAACUGUAUCUCAUCAAAUGGACAUGCCUAACGAUGAAAUUCAGGUUGAUUCCGGGGCAGAUAAUCAUAACAUUCUAGGAUUUGAUUCUGAUAUUUCAAAUCUCAAAAAAGAUCCGUUGGAAGAAAAUAGCACACCCUCAACGGCUGCAGACCCUAAUGAGAUGCCAGAUAUAAAUCUAGCAGAACCUACUCUUGGUGAAAAUAUAGAACAUGUCACGCCAUCGAAAAGUGCCUUAGCCUUUAGUUCCGUGGGAUUGUUUGAUGAUGUUCCACCACCAGAUGACGAAGAUUUCGAAGAGCUUCGAUCGGCGCUGGCCGUCGAUCACACUGAAGAUGGAUUUCUCGGUACUCGGCUUCCUGUCCUGCCUAGCAGUUCGUCCAAUGGUAAUUCCAGUCGAUAUUUCUUUUUGGAUGAUGAUGGGCCUCCGCCGGAUGAUGUAGCAGGGUCAUCGAGUAGAGACGAAGUGGAUGAUGUUGAAGUAAAUCCCCCCGAAUUGCUCCCGAAGGGAAUAUCUAGCAUAACCGAAGAAAGAAACCGAAAUGAGUUGGGCUAUGAGAGUACAAGGGAAAACUCUAAAAUAAAUAGACUAAGUGCCAAAGUUAACAUCGACGUGAAUGCUUUAUUACCUGGUGCUCGUAGACCUCAGAAGCAGCAGAGCGAUUCAGUGUUCGUAGUUCCUAGUACAGAAAGUUUCAUUAGUCAAGUCAAGUCUGAUGAACAUCCCAAAACGCAGACCGAAGCAGUUGACAGUGAAACGAAGCUAGUAGGAUUGAACAAAAGUCGAGCUCGAAUCCAAGCAAAACGAAAACCAUCAUCUCGACAAAACCGGAGAACGAAUUAUCAAAACAGCUUGGAUUCAAGUCAGCGCGAUGAUUCGUCGUCACCCGAUAGGGAGGUCCGUGUGGUAGUCGGAUCCGAAGUGAAAACUCAACAUGUAGAAGUAACUGCUGCUCACCUCACCGUGAAUCAUUUGCUAUCCAAUGAGCUUUCCAAAAAGUUGUCCAAUAUAAAAGUCGAUGACGAUGACGUUAAUGUUAGUAAAAACAUUGAAAGGAAAAUCCCUGAUCCUGCACAGGUCGAAUCGCUAUCGAAGCCACAGAAGAUAUCAGUGUCAGCUGUAGACAAACCAAAACCGUCUUCUUCUGCCAAGCUAUUCUCCGAAAGCGAAUCAGAUGAUGAUGACUUGUUUAAAACUUUAAGCAAAACUAGAAAGGAUACUGUUUUCGAAAAACCAGUGAUUACAGCAAGCCAAGAAAUCUCUCCUGCCGUCACACGUCCAGUUCCUGCACCUUCGAAUAAUAAAAUCUCACAAUCGAUCUUUGAUGAAUCAGAUAAUGACGACGAUGGUCUGUUCUCAAUACCUAAAUCGAACAAACCAGUCACUGCUACUUCAGCCUCUACAAACAAAGUUACUAAUCGGAAACCAACCAGUCAAAGCAGGAGCAUAUUCGCGUCUGAUGAGGAUGAUGACAGUGACGAUAUUUUUAGUGGAGCAAAGCGCAAACCACUAACCAAAUCGGAACCUCCUCUGGCGACUGCUAAAGCGAAGACAGCGGUUCCGAUUAAUUCUAGUAAAACUUUAUUCGGUGACGAAGAGGAAAACGACGAGGAUCUCUUUGGCUCCAAAAGCAAAGCUCAAUCGAAACCUGUUUCAUCACAAACGGAAAGCAGAAAAGCAGAGAAAUCGCGAGCGAAAACCUUAUCGUCUGUUAGUGGUGAUCCGUUAGCGGAUUUACUUGGGUCGUGAGUCAUAACUGAGUUGCAUGGUGAGCUAAACGGCAGUACAUCUGUUAAAUCUGUUGAAAUAACCGAUUUCGAACGGUUUGAAGUUCGGUUCUAUUUUUCAUUACUCAGUUGGUCAGUCGGUUGAACCGACGACUGGCCACCACGCGAUAGAAAUGAACAAACGGAAAAUCUAGUCAAAAUUUAUCAUUCUAUAAAAAGAGGAAGUUCUAGAAACGAAUUAGGUUUUGCACAGUUAUAGCUGUAUGUUAAUUCGCGAUUUUGUAUUUUUAUUUCUAUCAUUCCAAUAGAGCAUUUUUGUUUAUAUAGGUUUCGUCCUUUUAACGAGUUUAGUUUUCAACUUCAUGGUGUUUUUUUUGCUCCAGAUGGUUUCAAUGAAAUAUUUUACCGUAAAUCGAAUGAUCAGUUAAUGUUUACAUUAUGAUGGUGAUAAAAAAAUUACAUGCUUUCUGUAAUCCAUUAAAUGAAAAGUCAACUAGUUUUGCUGUUUCUUUUAUCAACUAAUUUCUGUUCGGGUGAGAACUCAGACGAUAAAUGUAGAAACUAAUAUCUAUAGUUUUGUUAUAGCAAAUUUAAAUCACGAAUUCAGAAAUAUUAUGAUCAAAAGCCUAACGUAAGUGUUAUCUGUCUUCAAUUAAACGCCUCUAUCAUUCCAUCAAAAGUGUAUGCUUUAUUUAAUUUUGGAAAUUUUUACACUUGUUAUUGCAUGUUAAAAAAUGUGACUGCAGCCAUUUCGAUUGAUUAUUUCUAUUUAAUUCUUUAAUAA